AUGGCAUUCAGUCCGCCAACAAAUCAACCGAGAGAUCGUAAACUACAAACGUAUAUCUAUUAUACCUUUAUUUUAAUAGUACUGGUAACGCUUGCUCUUUACCUCACGCUCUUUAUAACGUAUGCAGCGGACAGAUCAGUUUCCCAUUUGAAUGUUGCCCAUGAAACCGAGGCCCACAGAACAGUCGUCAAACGAACGCCACACCCGCAGGCAGUCCAUGAACGACAACGGCGCAGAAACGUACCAAAACGCACCCUGUAUCCUCUGACAGUAGAGUCCCAUUACGUGAUAAACAGUCCUAAUGUAUGUACGAACGUGAGUAAUUUAAAGUUCCUAAUAAUUGUCCACACCUCAACGGACCAUUUUCAGAGACGAAGGAUAAUGAGAGAGACGUGGGCCAAUAAGAAUAUAUUUAAAACCGUUAAUUUGAGGAUAGUUUUCUUCUUUGGGUUGACAAAAGUGAAAGCAACACAGGAUUUGAUAGAGAACGAAAGUAUCGUCUACGGCGACGUUGUUCAGGGGAAUUUCUUGGACACCUACCACAACCUGACUCACAAGGGCGUGCUGGGCGUACAGGUGGACUCAGGACUUCUGUCAGCAGGCCGAGAGAUGAUUGUCAAAGUAGACGACGACGUGUUCCUCAAUGUCUUUUAUCCUCCUGGAAAGUUUUUACCCGAAGUUCAAAUCUAA